UUUAUCCUCUGGAAAUUAAAGGUGGCUUAGAUGAAGACAUGAGUGCGGGUACAGAUGUUGACGGGGGGAUGGAUCACUCGGCUGAGUUGAGAAUGGAAACAGAGAGCCCAUCCUCUGAACUGGACAGACUCUCGCGUGACAACAGUGACAAUGACUCCAUGAAGUCUGGAAAGGAGGGCAUGUAUGUGAUAAAUGCUGGCAAAGAGCAAACUAACGGUGAACACAUUAAUAAUUAUACUGACAAGGAUAAUGACAAUAAUAAUAGUGUGAGUGUUACAAAUGGUGCGCAAGACGAUAUAGGUGAAUUGGAUUCUAGUAAAACAAAUGUGAUCAAGAAGAAAGAUAGAAGGGUCACCGAUAGUUUUUUGUUGGAAAAACGCCCUGCAGAAAACAAAGUGAAGCUUAAUGAGUCAUUUAGUGAAAGCCGGCCUUCGUCCGUUGCUAGUUCUGGAAAAAGUGGCACACCGAGUAAAGAUACGAAAGGGGAUGACUCCAAAAAACUCUACAUGAUAUGGAGUGGAAAAGCUGAUCCCAUAAAGAAGGAGAAGGACAAGGAGCGAGAGGAGAAGAUCCGCCAGGCACAGCUCAAGUUGGCUGAGGAGCGCCAGAAGAAAAUCGAGGAGAUGCGGGAGCAGCAGAGGCUCGCGCAGGAGAACCGUGAGAAGCAGCUGGAGGCGCGGCGCAGGAAGAUCGAGGAGCUGAAGAGGAGGGAGGAUGAGCGGAGGAAGCAGGUGGAGGACAGGAGGAAGACCCAGGAGGAGAUUGAUAAGGCGAAGAAAGAAGCCAUCCUUUGUAAGGCCAAGGAGCGACUGACGCGCUACGAGCAGUGGAAAACCGGCGGCAGGAAAGGUGGGCGUAGGCACGUCCUCGGCUUUGGCAGCCGGACGCCGCGCGAUGUGUGCUUACCGCUAGACUCCAGACGCUCUUCGUCUCAAAGCACACUUAGACGCUCUCCUAACAACUCCGACUUUGACUCCUAUUUUAACCGCCGCGCAGUGUCGGCGAGCAGCGUAGUGCGCCGACACUGCUGCAUUGAUAUUAACAAGCUCACACAGGGGACGGGCAUCCCUGGCGAUUCCCCACCCUCGAAAAAACUCUCUCAAUCCACGAGCGUUCUUUAUCACAAACGAAGUCCCCAGUUUUCCUCGUCCGGAGACCUUAUUGCUGUCGGUCCCGGAAAUCUUAAAUCCGGUGCCGAAUCGCUUAUGGUAUCCAAGAAGUAUAUCAACCUAAGGGUGAAGGCUAAUCACAAACAAAUUCAAAUUUCAGGGAUCAAUUUCAGAGAUCUAAUGAUUUUUUCUUUUUUUCUCUUUUUAUCCCCUCCUCUUCCGACCACCCCCCACCCACUGACCACCCAAUCUACAUUUAACCAUCAUGCAUCAUCCAAAAUGGCCGCCCCACCCUUGACACAACGCCAUGGCAUCACAGCACUGCACACCAUUCCCGAAAACCGACUAGGCCGCUCUUUUGUAGCGUCCGCCCCUCCCACUAGGCAUAAAAGCUCCGUGAAUCUUACCUCUGGUGUGGUCAAAAUGAGAGAGAGGUCGUCACCGCGUAAACCAAGGCCUUCUAGUGUGGCAACAUCAAUGCCUAGCUUUGUAAGGGUGGAAGGCGAUUCUCCGAAGUCUUCGAGAAGCAAGAGUUCUGAUCGAUCACCAAGAGAUGGCAGCAAGAGCAGAGGAGUGCCCAGGCAGGAGGAGGACGCAGCUGAUGGACAGCAGACUAAGGCUGCUACCCUGCCGCGACCGUACGACCGCAAGAAGAUUGAAGAGCGGCGACUGGAGGUCAAGAAGAAACAGGAGGAGAGAAAGGAGCGCGAAAAGGAGAAGGAGAAAGAGCGCAUGAGCAAGUCCGAGGUGCAUGAGGAGAGCCAGGAUAUGGGAAAACCACCGGCCCGGCUUUCACGCUCUUUUAUGGAGAGAAUGGCCGCCCCGAAGCAUCCGUCCCCAAAGAGGGAGGAGCCUGUGAAGGAAGUGACCCCUGUCAAGCUUCUAAUACGGAGGAAAGCAACCAAGUUCAAUGCAAAGACACCCAUGAAAGACAAGUUAAAAGUCAACAAGGACUCUCCAGCAAAGGUCACAGAUGAGGUCAAGAUGGAUGAGGUCAAGAUUGAGGAGGUUGUCGUGGAACCCACACCUAUUGCGCAAUCAGACAGCCCAGCCCCCUCAGACACGCCUCCUUCUAGAAUCACCCCAACCAUACAGGUGGAGGAGGUCAAAGAUGAAGUGGAACCAGAAAUAGACGUUCUAAAAGAAGACACAACGCGAACCCCCAGUCCUCUAUCGGACCGCACCCAGAGUCCUUCAUCAGACCUGGGGGUCGAGCAUGAAACCUCCGAAGCCCAGCCCUCCCCUGCAAGGGUCAAGUUUGACACCAAGCCCCCAACUGCAGCAGAGUCAAGACCAUCGCCCAAGGAAGGCAAGCCGAAGACAGACAAAGAGCGGGAGAUGGAGGAAUACAAGGCGAAGCUGGCGGAGAAGCGACGUGUGGCCAGAGAGAAGGCUGAACGAGAGGCCGAGAUUGAGAGACUGCGACAGGAGGAACAGCAACGGCAGGAGGAAGAACGUGAGAGACUUGAGGAGGAGAAACAGCGAAGGGAGGAGGAGGAGGCACUGAGACUGGCGGCCGAGGCUCGCAGGCAGGAGGAGGAGAGACUGCAGCGCGCCAUUGAGACAGAGGAGAAACGCAGGCGUGAGGAGGCAGAACGGCAGGAGCAGGAACGUGUUGCUCGCGAGGAGGCCGACAGAAAGGCGAAGGAAGAAGCUGAAAGACGAGAGAAGGAAAUGUCUGAGAGGGCCAAACGUGAGGAGGAGGAACGGACUGAACGACGCAAGAGGCUGGAGAUGAUCAUGAAGAGAGUGAAGACAGACACACCAACCACCACCCCUGAGAAAGGAAGGUCGUCCAGUAGAACCAGUCUGGUGUCAUCUGAAGAUGAAAAGUCAGAUGAGGUCGACAAAGACGAAAAACCCGACGGACUUUUACGAACAGAAGAGAAAACCGAGGAUGCCCCUAAAUUCAAGUCACCUUUACUUCAGAAGUUGACGGAUAAAUCUCAAAAUGUUGAUUCUGGCACACCGAAAUUCAAAUCCCCACUUCUGCAAAGCAUUAUGGGUAAGACAAAAAUCGGGGCUAGGUUGUCGGGUACGCGUUUAGAAGAAAUGGACAAAAGUACUGAAAACUUAACAGAGUCGAAAAGCUCAGAAAGAUUGUCCGAGAAAGAAUCGUCCGAGAAAGAAGACUCGGAUAAAGACAAAGACACUCUCGAGCCUCAGACCAAUGGUGUAGACUCUUCACAAAAUAUAGACAGUGUAGAAGAAGACACCGACUUUGUUGCAAAGAUGGAUUUUGAUGCCCAUGAGAAUGUGCCAGUCAGUGUUACAUCGCUAGAGGGCAAAAACAGAAUACAGAGUGACAGUAUGGUAGGCAGUGUACCGAACACGGACGGGAUUACGGAUUCCCAGAUGCUGAUUGGUUCCACUGCAGACAGUGCUGUCUGCCUGUCAUUCACAAACGGGAUAACCACCUCACAGAAUGGGGAUAUCCAUAUAGAGCAGAGAGGGAUCACAGAUUCUAAGGAAUUUAUAGAUUCAAGUAUAAGUGUGCGGACUGUUGACUCCCCAGACAGUCCAAGCCAUUCAGAGUCCUCUGUGGACGAGACGCUUGAAGAGGAAUCCCGGCUGACCCCGCCCCCUUCUGACUCCACCCUCUUCGAAGAGGUCAUCGACCUCUCCCGCCUUCCCAGCAAGCCCCUGAAGUCUGGGACGGGGCCACGCAGUGAGAACCUAUUGAACCACAGUGGUGAUCAUAGUGGCCAUAGUUACCACGUGGACCAUUUUGGUGUCCUUGACAACGGCCACUUUGACCAGGAGGAGGAUUCGGGCUCACAUGUGCCGCUAGUGAGACCCAUCAUUGCUUUCGAUGAUAAUGCAGCAAGACAAGACGUCCCAGACCUUUUGUCAUGAGGACAUAACUGCAGAUGUCAACACAUCCAUGAUAACUGCAAAGCUUUCAUCCAGUCAGCACACAGAAUCUGUCAUGGACAAACACGACUCCAUCGGCGCAUCACAACACUUGCUGCAUGUGAAUGACACGCGCAACUCUAGCAAAUCUAGCACUUUGAAUUUCAAAUACAUCUCCAUAGCGAAAGCCAGUGACAACUUUAAGUAUGUGAAUGCCAACGGGAACUCUAGCGAAACACAUAGUGCAAGAAACAGUUACAAUUCAUCCAGUCACAGUCUCGUUCAUGUUGAUGACGAUUUUUUAGAGCAUUUCAAUGAUCUGUGGCGUAAGGCGGAGUCCUUAAUGGGGGACCGUUUCCUGGAGACGUGUAAAGUGCUUGAGCUGUUUGGGAUAGGGGAUGGGGAAGAGGACAGUGACACAGAGGAGGGGCAGCUGUGGAGGAUGAUACAAGGGGAGGCACCGUACACACUCAAUCUUGUAUGACUAGGACCUGAGACUGUAAUUUGGAGAUAUGCGUAUCGUAUGCUUCGAAUCUUUGAGUCUUUUAUUGAGGGAUGUGACAAUAUGCAAUCCCCUUAACAUCGCUAGUCUGUUUGAAAAUAAUUUGCAUGCUAUGACAGCUUUGUAUCCAAGUCUGUCAAUAAUAAUUGCAACUGAGCAUUAAGGUUUUUGUCGCAAAACUUAAAUGACAAUUUAAUAAGGUAAAGGAGAGUUUCACCUUCUGUAAUAAGUGAUGAGAGCAUUAUUUUUAAUAAACAUGGGUUGUUUAUCUAAUUAUUUGUAUUCACUGAAAUUGCUAAAAUUUAAAGAGUUGUAUACCCAUGUAAAACUGAUCAACAAAAAUGAGCAUUUCAUGUUUUUGUUGUUGGGCACAAGGCAGCAAUGUAUGCUAAAAUUUCAUGUUAAAUAUUUAACAUUAAGAACACCAUUAAACUCUGAUUCACUUAAGAUUUUACGAUUUUAUUUUGCAUAAGACACAAUGCAUCUGAUAAAAGGCUUGCAUUUACAAUAACAACAGCACAACACACAGAAAGGUGCUUCAAACUAUAGAAUCUAAAAAUAUAGUGUGUGAGGUGCUCUCCCUUGAAUUGUUCUUCAUGGGCCAAAAGACUGAAGUUACCUCCCCUAUGUGAAAUGUUGUGUUCUAUUUAUAUUUCUGUGAUCGAAAGAGUGAUAUAGUUUUAUUCUGAGUUUCCUUUUGAUUUGGAAGUCUCUUAGGUUGUUUUCUACUGCUUUGUGCUGAUCUGUCUUUGACAUUAGGCUGACAUGGCGUUGUUUACCUGAUAAGGAGAUUGUUGUGCAACCAAAUGGUUACAAAAUUAGGUAUUUUGUUCUACCAAUGUAUCCAAUGUUAGUAAUAAUGUUAUAGGGUUAAGUUAUCUUUUAUCUUUAUGACAAUUUUUGAUUGCACAAAUAGCAAACUUAAAGAAUUAUUCCAGGUAUAAGUUCGCCAUAGCAGAGGAGAUCACCAGUUGAUCUUCAAUUUUAAGCCAAAAACAUGCAAAAUGUUUUAAUCAUUAAAAUAUUGUUUAUGGAAAUUGAUUUGCUUAAUAGAUAGAUCUACUUUGCAUUGCUUACUCAACACGUCUUUAUCAGGCAAACAACAACAUGAUCAUGUUAAUAAUGGUGUAUAUUGUUGUACUUUGUUUGCUUCUCAGUGUACAGUGUAUGGUGUCCUGUUAUUGAUUGUUGCUUGUGAUUAAGAAAUUACUGUACAACUAUUAAGCAGGGUCUGACCACUGGUAUGAAAUCAAAUAUUUGUAGUCAUGGAAUUUUUACCAAUUAAUAUGUGUUUUCACAUUAUUUAUAAAGAAUUUGUCCACCUAGCAGAAUUUAUUACGUAACAGUUUUGUAGUUCUUUAUUCUAUGACAUUAAUGAUAAAUCUGUUUCAUUGAAGUUCCUUAAUGUGUAUUGUGUGAAAAGAUAAUAUCUUAUUAUUCUGCAAAUAUGUGUCCAAUGUCUACGACAAAUGUCCGUUCAUUUUCCAUAUAAUAGUUGUUUGAUUUAGUUUGACCUCACUUAUGUUCAUGUUAUUUCAUAACAUAUUAACCAGUUACAUACUUUUUUAUUUGUCUCUUAAUAUUGUUUUUUUUUAUGUCGUAAUAAACGUGUAGGCCUUUUGUAAGAUUAAGCAUCUUUGAAAACCUAUUUUUUUACAAUUUUAUACUAUUCAUAUAGAAAAUUUUUCCCUGUUUUCUUAAUUUAUCCAAAAUGCAACUUUAGAAUAUUGUAAUCUCAAAUUUCAUGUAAGUGAUGUGUUUUAUCAAACAUAAAAUGUUGUAGCGCACUCUUUUCCAGUAAUAUUUAUUAACAUGUAGAUUAUUUAUGACCAAUUUAAAAGGUGGUUUGUAGAAAUACAAUGUUACUGUAAUGCUGAAAUAGUUUAUGGCUAUCCUACACUUGUUACAGCAUAGCUUUUUCAGUUGAACAAGUAAAAUGACUUUCCAUUGAUAAAUGCUAUACAUUAAUUUAUUUUGUACGCUUGUAUUUAUAGUUUUUCGUAAAUGCUUCUAAUGAGUCAAAAGAGAAGCAUGGGUCCAUUGACAGAUUUAUUUGUUAUGUAAUAACAAAAAAAAGAUGUAUAAAAUCAAUAGCAGUGGAUGAGAAGGCAAUGCAUCAUGGCAAAGUUUCGAUCGAGCUUGUUCGAUAACCACUCACUUAUUGUCUGCAGUCUCCCUCCUCUGUUUGGUUGGAUUGAGCUUGGCUUUAAUGCAUCCAGACAUUUUCGGUGUCAAUAGUUAGAGGCGGUUAAGAGUUUUGAGUUCCCAUUUAAUUUUCUAUUCUUAUUAGAGUUUUCUUCCUUCCUAUAGAAUGUAAAGGGCCUUUAUGUUUUGAACAGUUGUUGCUAUCUUGAGUUAAAAAUAAUGCAUUGCAGUUUUGCUAACAUUAAAUAAAAUAUUCUAAGUGUUUGAUUAUGAAGAUUCAUGUAGGCAAAACAUCAUGGUUUCAGUGGGACUGUAAAUUGGUUUGAUCCAAGUUUGAUUAUAUGCAGUGUUUUUAUACAACUGCCUAUAUUUGGUUUCGAAUAUUAUAAAAACUGAUUUAAAUCAGUUCGCUGUUGAUUUUAUUUUUCUCUGCUUCUUUAUUCUCUAAAUGAGCUUACAAAUCAUUCCAUGAUUGUUUAUUUGUUCUGCUUAGUUGUGUUUAAUUGCUUUGAUAAAAAAUCUUUAAAUUAUGUUGCUGCUUUUAGAAAAUAUUAUUGCAUUUCUAACUAUCUAUUGCAGUUUGCUGCACUUAAACAAUUCAUAACUUUUCUUUAUUUUUUGAGUUCUUUUAUAUUAAUUCAAAUAUCAUUUGUAUGUUUGCAAUCGGAAGUUGUGACUAUUUAGUCUAGCUAGUAAUGAUUUGCCAAGGUUUGACUUUCUGUUGACAAUUUUUCGCAAAAGGAGGGAGACAUGGCAGACAAUGUGAAAAUGAUGAUAACAAAUAAUAUGCAUUUUGAAAAAUGAAAUUGAAAUAUUUUAUGAUAGCAAGUUGUAUCGUAGAACUUGCCUGGACUAUUUUGUUUUUGCAAAAUAAUUAGGAGUGUUUAAAGUUCAGAAUACUUUCAACUGACAUGGGUAGUAUAUUAAGAUAUCUUCAUUUUGUUUGAAACGUGAUUAAUAUGCAUUCAAACAACAAUUUGUGUUACUUUAAAUUGCAUUUCCAUUUUGGAUUUCUUCUUAUUUUGAAAAUCAACAUGAAGAUGACCCUUCUUGUACAAAAGUGGUCUUCGAACAGUGAAAGUGGCUUCAUUACACGGGCACAAAAUAGUUUGGAGCCAUACUUGAUUACUGGUACAUAUUUUGAGCAGUAUGUGAGUUGUAUCUGUACUUGCAAAAUUGAUUGCAAGUUUUUCAAAUACUGAGAAUGAGCCAUGCCAUUCUACAAUGGUAAGUCUGUUAUUUCUUGCACAUAACUUUAUGCGAUGUAAACUAUUUGUGUAUUGUUUCAGUAAAGUGAAAGAAGAUAAUAGUAGAA